UCUUAAAGCCCGAAACCCUCCUGAUUGUUUCUUUUAAGAAAAACCCUAAACCCUCCCGAUUGUUUCUCCUGUUUUCUCACAAGUCUUCCCUCUCUUUGUACUUCCUAUCAGCCAUCGUCCUCUUCUCAUUCAAUACAAUUCCAAAUUCCCAAUUACGAACUCCCAAUUCUACAUAUCUUCCUUUAAAACCCUAGUUUCCCUUCUUUGAAAAAAAAAAACAAAAAGUCAAUCCUCCAUUGAAGAAGACGAGAUCGACCACAAUCAACAAUGGAGGACUCGGAGGGAGUUCUCAGCUUCGACUUCGAGGGCGGCCUCGACACCACCGCCGGUGGCUGCCCUCCCAACGCUGCCGCAGCCUCCGCUGCUCUAAUCCACCCCGAUUCCUCCGCCGCCGCCGCCUCCAACAAUCUCGCCGCCUCAAACUCCGCCGUCUCGGCAGACCCCACUUCCGGUGGCGGUGGCGGUGCCUCCAAUCCCGGACGUGGUCGGAGCUUCCGGCAAACCGUGUGCCGGCACUGGCUGCGGAGCCUGUGCAUGAAGGGGGAGGCCUGCGGGUUCCUGCACCAGUACGACAAGUCGCGGAUGCCGGUCUGCAGGUUCUUCCGCCUCUACGGCGAGUGCCGCGAGCAGGACUGCGUCUACAAGCACACCAACGAAGAUAUCAAAGAAUGUAACAUGUACAAGUUAGGUUUUUGUCCAAAUGGUCCAGAUUGCCGUUACAGACAUGCAAAGUUGCCUGGACCUCCACCCUCUGUGGAAGAAGUCCUUCAGAAGAUUCAGCAUUUGAGUUCUUACAACUACCACUCAAACAAGUUUUUUCAACAAAGGAAUGCUGGGGGUUUUGCUCAACUAGGAGAAAAACCUCUGCUUCCACUUGGCCCUAAUGCGGUCAGUCAAGGUGUCGUCGGAAAACCGUCAAUAUUGGAGUCUGCUAAUGUCCAGCAGCCACAGCAGCAGGUACAGCCGUCCCAGCAACCUGUUGGUCAGAACCAGAUACAAAAUGUUUUCACUGGCCUGCCUAAUCAGGCAAACAGAACAGUAGCACCUCUGCCUCCAGGAAUAUCUAGGUAUUUUAUUGUAAAAAGUUGCAACCGUGAAAAUCUGGAAUUAUCUGUACAACAAGGAGUAUGGGCAACUCAAAGGAGCAAUGAAGCUAAACUUAAUGAAGCUUUUGACUGUGCUGAAAAUGUAAUCUUAAUUUUCUCAGUCAAUCGGACUCGGCAUUUCCAGGGUUGUGCAAAGAUGAUUUCAAGAAUCGGUGGGUCUAUUAGUGGGGGAAACUGGAAAUAUGCGCAUGGAACUGCGCAUUAUGGGCGGAAUUUCUCAGUCAAAUGGUUGAAGUUAUGCGAACUAUCCUUCCACAAGACUCGCCAUUUAAGGAAUCCGUACAAUGAGAACUUGCCAGUAAAGAUUAGUAGAGAUUGUCAAGAGCUAGAGCCCUCAAUUGGUGAGCAGUUAGCUUCGCUGCUUUAUCUUGAACCAGAUAGUGAACUUAUGGCAAUCUCGCUUGCGGCUGAAUCAAAACGAGAAGAGGAAAAAGCUAAGGGAGUCGACCCAGAUAAUGGUGGAGAGAACCCAGAUAUAGUCCCAUUUGAGGACAAUGAAGAGGAUGAAGAAGAAGAGAGUGAAGAUGAGGAAGAGAGCUUUAGCCAGGUUCUUGGGGCAAAUCAGGGUAGAGGAAGAGGCAGAGGAGUUAUGUGGCCUCCUCACAUGCCACUUAGUCGUGGGGCUAGACCUAUGCCUAGCAUGCAGGGAUUUCCACCGGUUAUGAUUGGUGCUGAUGGGUCACCUUAUGGGCCUGUUACACCUGAUGGGUUUCCCAUGCCGGAUCUUUUCAAUGUAGGCCCUCGUGCUUUUAAUCCAUAUGGUCCCAGAUUUCCUGGUGAUUUUAUGGGACCUACAUCUGGCAUGAUGUUCCGGGGGCGACCUACACAACCGGGGGCUGUGUUUCCUGGUGGUGGGUUUGGCAUGAUGAUGGGUCCUGGACGUGCUCCGUGUAUGGGAGGUAUGGGAGUUCAAGGCACAAGUCCAGCCCGACCUAUGCGUCCAGGUGCUAUGCCUCCAAUGUUUCAGCAACCCCCACCACCGUCACAGAACAUGAAUCGUCCCCCAAGAAGGGAUCAGAGGGGACUGGCCAAUGAUAGGAAUGAGAGAUAUGGUGCAGGGUCAGACCAAGUCAGAGGUCAGGAGAUGUCUGGUCCAGCCGGUGGACCAGAGGAUGAUGCACAUUACCAACUAGGAGCAAAGGCUCGCCAGGAAGACCAGUAUGGUGCUGGAAACAGCUUUAGAAAUGAUGAGAGCGAAAGUGAGGAUGAGGCCCCAAGACGGUCGAGGCAUGGAGACGGAAAGAAGAAACGGCGAAGCUCCGAAGAAGAUGCUGCUACUGGCUCUGAUCACUAGUUUAUGCCACUGCUUGAGCAGGCAGCAGCGACAGGUCAUUAAACCAGGGAAGCCAUCUUCGGCUUGCCUGCUUUCUUAGGAACAUGAUCCAACUUUCAUUCUACAUUUAUAUGAAUUCUCUUGGGGUAUUGAAGGAAAUUUGGAUGCUAAAAACAGUUUUGCUUACGUUAUAUACCUUUCUUCCCUCCCUUUUGUUUAAAUAUAUCGCUAGACGUGACAUUUUUGUAACUACAUACGGGGAAGUAUAAUUAAUUAAUGGAUAUGGUUGAUGAGGAACCUCUGGAUUGAUUUCCAUUGACGUAUUUGUAAAGCAAAUUCUCACAUCAUCAUAUUCA